ACACCAGUGACCAUCACACCAGUGACCAGUGACCAAUCACACCAGCGACCAGUGACCAAUCAGACCCCAUAACAUGUUAAAAGGGCAAGCCAGAGCAGCAUUCACACAGCAGGACGGACCAAUCAGCACCGAAGCACUGGUCACAGCAGAGGCUCAAACUGACAACCACAAGCUCCAAUCACAGUGAAGCACACCGCCACCAGCUGAGCAGGAGCACCAAUCACUGAAGCCCGAGGGCUGGGCUGUCACAGGCUACAGGACCAAUCACACCAGCUGAUUCAAUCACUCCAGUGGUUCAGAAGACAGAUGAUGAGGAUGAUGGGCUGAUGAAGCAGAGCCCUGACUGGAUUGGCCGAGCUCCUCUGUGUCUGCCCUGUGAUUGGCUGUGAUGGCGGGCGGGGCGGAGCCUCUGAACCUGUCCUUCCUAUUGGACCAUGAGAGGGAGAUGAUCCUGAGUGUCCUGCAGAAGGACGAGAAGCUCCGCAAGGGAGAGGAGAAACGCAUCAGGAAGCUGAAAAAUGAGCUGCUGGACAUCAAGCGUCGGGUCGCCGUAGCGACGCGGAGCAGCGCGAGUGUGCCGUGUGCCUGCGGGCGCUGGGGCUGCUGUUCCAGAGGGGGAGUGUGUGUGACCAGUGCCAACACAGAGUGUGCAGCUUCUGCACCGCCACACACCCCGGGAGCAGAGUCACACGCUGCACCGUGUGUUCCAAGAUCUCGGAGCUGAAGGUGGCCACAGGAGAGUGGUUUCUGGAGGAGCGCUCCAAGCGCUUCAGUCAGGGCUCCAUCCCCAGCAGCGACGUGGUCAAGCACUCCAUCAUGUCCAGCCC